UAGGCGCCUUGUGACCAUGGCGUUUCUUGGAGCAGUUUGACGCAGACUAGUGGGAAAAUACACUGAGAUAAUUAAUCUGUUAUUCGCUGUUGCACUCCUAACCCCGGAUAAUUUGAAAAGCAAAUAUGGGGUCGCGAAUAAAAGACAAUCCCGAAACAACCUUUGAAGUUUAUGUCGAAGUGAUGCACCCGGGGUUCAGUAACUCAGAUCCUGAGGUGCGGAGGCAAUUCCCUGAAGAGUACAGUGACCAGGAAACACUACAGACUUUGACCAAGUUUUGUUUCCCCUUCAAUGUCGACAGCCUCAGUGUGAACCAAGUGGGCCAGAACUUUACAUUUGUUCUCACAGACAUUGAAAGCAAACAGAGAUUUGGAUUUUGUCGGUUAUCAUCAGGAGCAAGGAGUUGCUUUUGUAUCUUGAGCUAUCUUCCUUGGUUUGAGGUAUUCUACAAACUUUUAAAUGUCUUAGCAGACUAUACAGCUAAAGGACAGGACAGCCAAAGGAAAGAAUUGCUGGAAACAUUAUACACACUUUCUAUACCAGAGCCAGGCGUUCCUGUUCAUCUUAGUGUGCAUUCCUAUUUUACUGUGCCUGACAUUAGAGAACUCCCAAGUAUACCAGAAAAUAGAAACCUAACAGAAUAUUUUGUAGCAGUAGAUGUCAAUAACAUGCUUCAUCUCUAUGCUAGUAUGCUUUAUGAACGUCGAAUCCUCAUCUGCUGUAGCAAACUAAGCACUUUAACUGCUUGUGUCCAUGGUUCUGCAGCAAUGCUAUACCCUAUGUACUGGCAGCAUGUUUACAUCCCAGUCCUCCCACAGCAUUUGAUUGACUAUUGUUGUGCCCCCAUGCCCUACCUCAUUGGAGUACAUUCAAGUCUCAUGGAGAAAGUGAAAAGCAUGGCUUUGGAAGAUGUGGUCAUUCUGAACGUGGACACCAACACACUAGAAACUCCAUUUGAUGAUCUUCAAAGUCUCCCUAAUGAUGUGGUUUCUUCUUUGAAGAACAGACUGAAGAAAGUAUCUACAUCUACAGGCGAUGGUGUUGCCCAUGCGUUUUUAAAAGCUCAGGCAUCUCUCUUUGGCAGCUAUAGAAAUGCCCUGAAGAUUGAACCUGAAGAACCAAUAACAUUCAAUGAAGAAGCCUUUGUGUCUCACCGUUCCAGUGCCAUGAGACAGUUUCUUCAAAAUGCCAUCCAGCUUCAGCUGUUUAAGCAGUUCAUUGAUGGCCGCCUGGAUCUUCUCAACUCAGGCAGGGGUUUCAGUGAUGUUUUUGAAGAGGAGAUAAACAUGGGAGAAUAUGCAGGUAGCGAUAAAACAUACCACCAGUGGCUGUCAACUGUAAAGAAAGGAAGUGGAGCUCUCAUAAAUACAAUGAAAACGAAAGCGAACCCUGCAAUGAAAACCGUCUACAAGUUUGCAAAAGAUCAUGCACGAAUGGGAAUAAAGGAGGUGAAAAAUCGGUUGAAGCAAAAGGAUAUUGCAGAGAAUGGCUACUCAAUGGCGGCAGACGAAUCACAGCAAAAGGCUGCCCCCUCGCCAUCUACUGAGAGAAAGGAGCCAAGACAGCGAGAAGAGCGGCGUCCAAUAACUGUGCAUUUUGGACAGCCUGAGCGAGUCCGCCCUCCGCGCCCUCCUCCUCCCAAGCUGCAGCGCUCCACAAGGCCUGCCCGCCCUCCUCGACCUCCAGUGGUGAAGAGACCCAGGAGCAAUGUGGCAGUGGAUGGGCGUAGGACGUCAGUGUCGAGUCCUGAACAUGUGGCACGGCCAACCAAACACUACACCGUCUUCCUGUCUGAGGACUCCUCGGGUGACGAAUUUCAACGGGAUGAGGAAUCAGUUUCUGGCUUCCCUGAAAACUUUCUAUUUUCUGCUCCUUUUGAAUGGCCUCAGCCUUACAAGACGCUCAAGGACACGGACGUUGCGGAUGGGGAGGAGCAGGUGGGCUCCGAGACAGCCGUGGGACACACAGCUCCUGCUAGCCCGGUAGAUUCGGGAAAGAUCAGCGAGGUAAAUCUACUGGAUGACAUUUUCAGCAGCCUUGACAUGGACUCAGAGAAUCAACCCUUGAGCCAAGCCAAAAGCCUGGAGGACUUGAGGACCCCCAAAGAUGAAGUGGGACAACAAAUCAAGUUUGGUUACCAGAGAAUGGAUCCAGGUUCAAGUGACUGGACCAGAACUCUCCCAGGACUGAAACAUUCCAAUCCUUACAAUAAGCUGUGGAGCAUGGGCCAGGAUGACAUGGCAAUUCAAACCAAAUCCAGUCUUCUUUCUUCGGAGAGGCCACUUGAAGUUCAUCUUGAUGUUUCUUCUGAAGCGCAGCAGCCUCCAAGCACGGAGAACACAGCCAUACUAGCUGAGAAAACUGAGUCGACAACUGGGAGUCAGUGCAGCAUUACCAUACCCCGCCCUCAUGGCCGAAAAACCCCAGAGCUUGGCAAAGUUCUUGCUCCGCCAGUCCCGCUACCACGUUCUGUGAGGCAUCUGCCCUUGGUGGGAAGUGGAGAUGCGGGAAAGUCAUCAAGUACCAAUUUAGUUUCUGAAUUCGGCCAAGAAUCCAUUGGAACAGCAAACAAAGCAGGUGCCCAAGAAUUCCGGCAGGCGUUAAAUGCGUCUCCGUUACACAUACAAAGUCAGUUGAGCGGCCCAGACAUACUAAAACCUAUCAAAGUUGGCUCUGAGAGUGGCACUACUGGCAGUGCAGACCUCUUAAGUCUUUUGGACCCAUUAAGCACAGGUGGGAUUUCACAGAGCAGCGAGACAGAAAGUUCUGGGGGUUUAUCUGCACUGGCACCAGGAUCAUCUUCCAAUCCGGCACUCUUCACUCCACUUCUGUCCGAAUAUAAUCCACCAUCUUCCACUUUUGUGCCGCAGGUGGGAUACUCUCCUGCUACCACACCAGUUGUACAAUUUCAGCAAGCCUCUCUCAAUCCCUUUGCCCCAUCUGUGCCUGCAAGACUGCACUACCCGGCUGUGGGGCCUCCGGGGACUCAUUAUGCUGCCUCAGCCAGUAACCCAUUUAGCUCCAACUAUUUACCACCCACCAGUGGCUACUUCCCAGCCCAGUCCAUACCAAAAUUCUCAGCAUCGUCUCUUCCUUCAGUGUUUAACCCACCAACUGCUUUAGGACAAGUCAGCGGGACCUUUGUGAGUCAGAGCGGCAGCCAGCCCCCAUUUGGAGAGUCGGCCACUUUAACUGGCAGUGCUGCCAGUCUUAAUUACCCAAGGCCUUUAAGCAUUUCUUUGGAAAGACCACUGUCGGUGCCCAGCCAGGAUGUACCCCCGGUCACAACGAAACAAGCGGAGGAUCCAUUUGAAGAUUUAUUAACUGUAACAAAGCAGGAGGUGCUUCCGGGUCAAGGCAGGGUGGAUCAAUUACGCAAGAGAUGGGAGACAUUUGAGUAGCCGAUGUACCCCUUGCUGGGUCCAGAGGGUAUUUAUGAAUGCAAGCACCAUGGAAGCCAGCCAACAUUUUCUGUUUUUGGGAGAUUAUUAAAUCAUUUCAUACUUUUAGGAUGCAGGGUCCUUUGCAGAAAUUUGCUGGUGGAAAAUGGGCCAAUAUUUCUGCUUUUGGUUGAUUAUAAAAUCAUUUCAUAAUUACAGAAAACUGCCAGUGGAACACAGAAUGAUAUUUCUUUUUUUGCUUGAUCACAAAGUCAUUUCGUAAUGACAGUAUUUAGGGCUGGGUGGAAGUGAACAUUAACUUUGCGUUAAGAAAGAGCCCUGUGUUUUGCUGCUGAUUGAUUGCCUAAGUCGUGUCUCUUGAAAAUUUGUGGACUGAUACACCACAAGACGAUAACUAAGUUAUAUUUGUAAGUUGAUGGCUACUAUCCCUUUCUUUGUACUUUGAAUAAAACUGUUAAGCUGAAUUAUGCUUCAACCCUACAUGCAAUGACUUUGCUGUAUGAUAGUACACUAUGUGGUGAUAUUUCACAGUAAUUUACGGAGUACACCAACUCUUUGCUGCCUUUGUUUUUUUUUUAAUUUUUGAGUUUAUAAUUUUCACCGGCGUGACCUAUAUAGACAGUUACUGCUUUGGUGGAUAUUUUGUUUGCCUCAUUUCAGUAUCAUGUGAACAGAAAUUCUAAUAAAUAGUGCUGAACAGUUUCAAAGUCAUUCACGCCCACCCGAGGAGUCGCCAGUGAGCGUGAUCGCUAGUACUACGGGAAGCUCGAUUUGGGUGUACAGACUUUCCUGACUCGUUCUGUGUGGGUAGUUCAUACAGAGGAGCUCAUCUCAAUUUAUUUUAUUUGUGUGUGUUCCAUGAGUCAGUGAAGCUGACAAUAAGGAUUGACGUUUUGAAUUAACAACGUGACUCUUGCAUUACUCUAGAAACUGUGAUGUCGUGUUACUCAGUAUGCUAUAUUUCAAGGUGUCCAUCUGAGAGUAUUUACAGAUUUAUAACAUGCACUUGAGCCAGCGUUUGUCAUGUAUGUAAAUCCCAUUUGUUGUUUAUAGGAUGUGGAGUGACUAACCAAAGUAUCCCACUUCCUCGCCCUCGUUUAAGGAAAACAUUUUUGAUUCAGUUACUUGGAUACUUGCACAUACCUUCAUAUUACACCAGGGUAAUAACCUUUAUGAACAACGCAAACAGCAUGUCUAAUAAAUUGCUCACUCGAUCCCAUGUAGGGUCUCAAGAUAGCAGUAACCUCUCCUGACAGCAGUGGGUACCACACUCUUUUUAGUACUGCAGAUCAUUCUAAGCUUGCACAUUUUUUGGACAAGAACAGAAAUUCACAUCGACACAAUGCAUCUGAAUUAGACUUUUGAGAGUGUUAUUGUAUAUUGAGCUUAUACCUUUAUCCGAGCUUGUCAAAUUCAGAAUUUAUUAUUAUUUUUUACCAAGUGUGAAGAGUUGAGGUUCCACCCAAAUUAAUUUAAAAAUAACUGCCUUCGCUGCUGAGUGGCAGCUCCAUCUCACUGAGUCUUAGGCCCCAAGGUGGGUGACCACUGUAUAUAGAGGGUUCUCCUGGAGAGGAAAUGAAGUCAAGUAUUUACUUGUAGUUCCCCAUUGGAGCUGUAGACAGAAAGGUGAGAACAUGGCUGACAUGAGGAGUUCUCCUGUUGGCUCACACUGUAAGGGAGUGGAUGUUAGCAAUAGCGCCCUCUCUUGACUUGGAAUGGUACUGCUUACAUUGCAAGAGCCUUGAAGGUGUCCCCUAAGCACACGUGCGUGUUUAAAAAUGAUGAAAGGAAUUAGUACAGCAGGUCAAGGCUCUUAUGUUAUAAAGAUUUAUUAGCUCGCACUGUAAGGAGACUGCUUCUGAGGCAGGCGUUGCAGGUUCAUGGCCCACCUCCGGCAGUUCAACGCAGUGCGAUUCUACACACUGAGAGUCCACAGGAAUAAACGAGUAAACUCUAAAUAAGAAGAUGAGUCAUAAUUCACUAUGUAUUUAAAAAUGAACAGAGCUACGGUAGAGAUAUCCUUUGUCCUUCUCGUUGUUGUCAUAUUAGAGGCAGACUAACAGCUUGGUGAAGUCCUUGUAAGCUCUUUGUCACUGCUGGACCCUUGCAAGGCAUCAGAUGAUGCGCGAUCAGGAUGUUGCGGUCGAUAACCUUUUAAGAUAUCUGGUUGCCCAAGUGUUUCAUUGUUGUGCCGUGUCCGCCAUGUUUAGUCAAUUCAGUUAAGUUCUCCUUAUUUUUGUAUAGCGCUCUUCACUGGCCAUAUCCUUAGAGUGCUUACACAAGUUUCCAACUAUAAACGAAUGAUAAAAGUCGUUAAAACAUACAUAGAGGGUUAGUAGCCCACUUCGACUUGUGAUGCAGGGUCUCACCGUUGUGUGCAGUUUGCCUUUUCUCCCGUUACUCCCUGUCAGUCUCCCUGCAAUGGCUGUAUGGCUUGUUAGCGCAAUGCCUUGACAUCUCUUCUGCCAUAUUGUUUGGUGUUUUUGAAGCUGAUACAACUUGAUGAAACACAAAGCCUUGGACUUCUCAUUCAGGACAGCCCCUCUACAAAUGAUGAUGACACUUUUACAAAAAGAACCUGGGCAGUAUCUGACACAUUUUUUGCUGGUUUUAACAUUUGCCACUAACUUCUCUGUCCCCGAACUCUCAAAGGCUGGCCAUCCUCCGCUGUAGUUCACUAUCCCUCUGAGGAUUCUCUACCCUACUUUUUUGUCUUUUUUUUUUUUCCUGACGGCCCAAUUUUUCCUUUUUUGUGCCUUUUUGACCCACAAUCAGUGUGGACCAUCAUUUAGGGGACCCAUCCCUCUUAGAGAAUCACUGCCGAUUACCAUCCUUACCCCUUGGAGAACCAUCACCGAUCGUUGUCCAGUGGACAAUCACUACCGAUCAUUAUCCCGGUUUUAUUUCCCCCUUAGAGAAUUGUCAAUGAUCAAUCAUCCCGUAUUGAUCCUCAUUGGAGUAUCGAUGCAGAUUGACGUCCUGGGUUGAGACUGUGCACCCCGCCCUGCAGCAACCCAUUACAAAGCGUCCUGCAGACCAUUAAUGACCAUUUCACAUUUGGUACUAUUGCAAUUCACAUCUCGGCAGAGCCCAAGUUCAGACAUCACGCAACUCAUUUUGGAGCCGUAGUUUAAGAAACCCUGUGCUUUAUUCGGUGAGCCCCAUGGUCGAGUGCUGCCAUCAUUAAUGAUUCCUACCUUUCUGCAGCCCAGACAACUUUAAUGAGUUGAGGGGGUUAGGGUGUUGGUGGGUGCAAUGAAAUAAUAAAUCAGCUGCAAUUCACUUGCGUUCAUGAAGACUGGCACCCACCCACCACACUACUUCUAUAACUCUUUAGAAUGUUCUGGAAAGUGUAAGGACUAAACCAUAACUCAUACCAAAAGUGAGAGAUCACUGUGCACACUUACAUUCUCAAUUUUUUAAUGUUAAAAUAAAAUUUAUAUGAUUAAAUAAUGGGUGGUGCAGUGGUAGCACUGCU